GGGGGGCGCCCGCGGCAGGGCAAGGGGGGCGACGAGCGGGAAGAGGCGGACUGCCCAGGCCGGGAUUUCAUCCGCCGGACGGUUAGGGGCAACCCCAAGGCGCAGGGAAAGAGGGCUGGAGUGGCAGAGCUGAAGCUAUGCGGCUGCUGCUGAUCUUGCUGGCCCUGGGUCUGGGCGCUGUGGGCGCUGGCAUGGCCGAGCUCAGGGGGGUGCAGCGACGGGGCCUGCAGGUGGCCCUGGAGGAGUUCCACAAGCACCCACCCGUGCAGUGGGCUUUCCGGGAGACCAGCGUGGACAGUGCUGUGGACACGCCCUUCCCAGCUGGGACAUUUGUGAGGCUGGAAUUUAAGCUCCAGCAGACAAGCUGCCGGAAGAAGGACUGGAAGAAUCCUGAGUGCAAAGUGAAGCCCAACGGGAGGAAGCGGAAAUGCCUGGCCUGCGUCAAACUGAGCUCUGAGGAUAAAGUUCUAGGCCGGAUGGUCCACUGCCCCAUACAGACACAGGUUCAGCGGGAGCUGGUGGAGCACCAGGAGACCCAGUGCCUCAGGGUGGAGAGGGCUGGCGAGAACCCCCACAGCUACUACUUCCCUGGACAGUUCGCCUUCUCCAAAGCUCUACCCACCAGCUGAACCCUGAACCGGCGGUGACCAGUGGAAGACCCGCCCUCCUAUGGAGAGGGUCCCGCUAUAUCCCAAGCUAAUAAAACUGCUCUCCCAGCUGUG